UAGGAAUAAAGAGCCCCAUAGUCAAAGUGGACAGAAUCAGUAUCCUAUAUCCUAUUUCAACCAAAGUUCUCAUUCUGGUCCUCAUGUGGGUCCUAAUGCUUGGCUAUCUUUGCCUGAGCACCUCCCAGGCCUGUAUCUUCUGCCGUCUCCCCUCUAGAGACCUUUCUGGACGAGUGGCUCAUCUCUGUGAUCAGAUAAGUUCAGAAUGGGAAAACUGUAAAACCAGCUGGAAUUUCUCAGCCUUUGCCUUAGAUGAUGUAUCCAUGAAUAGAAUCACAGAGAAGACACACAGAGUAUUGAGUAUCUUUGAAAUCAAAGGUUCUGUGUUCUCCCUUUCCUCCUAUUGGCACUGGCUUCAGGAGACUAAACUUCCUGAAUCUGUGAGGCAAGCUCUGUGCCCUCCUGCUUGCCGUGGAAUAACGACUCUGUACAACUGCUCCACAUGCAAAGCUGUUGAAGUUCAAUGCUGGGCUCUCAAGCGUUGCUUUCCAGGACGCCAGGAUCUGAGGGAAGCUAGGAUCCUGCUCCUUUCCCUCUCAGCAGCCUUGUUAAUUCUCGGUUUCAUCAGCUGUAUAAUAGAGUCCAGAUCCCUCUUAACAGAGUGACCCCCAUGAGAAGAUUCCAAGACUUCCCCCUAGUUUCCACCUUCAAGAGCUCUCUGUUGACUCAGUCUGGUCACUCACAGUCAUGCAUCCAGUGAUCCCCCCACAUACCUAACCUCCCACCCACUCACACAGGCCACCACCACUACUCUUUAUUCAGUGACCCAAAUGAAUAUAGAUAGAAAGAACCCCCAUACUAUCCCUCCAAGAACUCCUUUAAGUAGUCCCUGAAAAAAUCAACUGGGAACACUGGCCCCAGAGUCAUCUCCAGCCUUCCUCUUCCCAGCUACCCCAGAUUUUGCUGGUUUUGCAGAUUCUGGGAAUCAACUCUCUUUGGAACAUUUUCCCCAUGGCAUUAGAAAAUCCAUGUUGGGGUGACAUUAUUAUUUUGUUUUAGAGUGAUCAAGGUGUGUGUAGAUGUGGGUAGAUGUGUAUUCAUGUAUAUCCCCACCUCACAGACACCUCUCACCUUCUCUGGUAUUUUUUUUCUCUUGUCACUAAAUAUCCUUAUUUUCAUC